UCGUUCUCUCUACUAUAUUUUUUUAUCUGCAUCACAGUCCCCCUCUUCACAUCAGUUGCUCAGCUGUUUGCAUACAAAGAAAAAGUAAUCGAAUGGGGUCACCUGUUGAUUAUAGGAUCUUUUGCACUGUGUUGAAUAUCAAAAGAAUAAAUAAUAAGCAGGUUGAGUGCAAUAAACAAGUGCAAAUUACGGAACAAUAACUGGAAAGACAUUUUUUAAUUUUUCGAAAAUGUCAGUGCCAGUUCUUUUAUCUGAUCUGAAUGAUAAAUUUCAAAAUUCACUUACCGUCGAUGCUACGCGAACUCCGGUCGAGGAUGACCUUCUGGAUCGGUUUGAUCUGACUGUUUGUCCAAGUUCGAAAAAUACUGGCGACAGACCUCGAUUUUCUUCGAGUUCCAGUGCAAGCCAGAGUCGACAAUCCGAAUCAUCCGAAUGUAAAUUCGACCCGACCUCGGAUAUUAAAUUUCCGAGCGGCAGAAGCAAUGAUCAACCGGAUGACGACGCAGAUGCCGAUUCCGGAGGAAAGAAAAAAAAUCAUGGCUAUAAGCCGAGGAAACCAAAUAGAACAAGAGCAACAAAUGCAGGGGGCAUUAUUAUAAGCCAUUCCCAAAAUAUAAAAAUCGCUCCUAAGACGAGCUACACUUGUAAUAUUAUUCAACAUGGUGCCGAAACAAGCACCGUUCCUCCUAAAUCAAAAACCGUUAUUUCUAUGCCAAAAAAUAUAAAAGACCUUUUAGAAUGCAAAGAGGAAAUCUCGAAAAAAGAUAUGCUUCUAAUAAAGAGAUACAUGGGUUCUGGCUGGAGAGACGUGGCUAGAAAAUUGAACUAUACUGACGGAGAGAUCCAACAGUUUCAAGCAAACUUUCGCAGCGAAGAAAUGGAUGAGAUUGUUUACCAAAUUUUACUGGAUUGGAAACAGAUGAAUUCUAAAGAUGCAAAAUUGGGAAUUCUCGUAGAGGCGAUGUGGUCAAGUCGAGAAUACGAUUGCGUCUAUAAACUUGCAGAAAGUCGCAAAGACCCCUCCUGAUUUCAGUCUUUUCCAAAGAAUUUUCACUUUCAAAAUAUAUUUAAUGUUUUUAAAUAUAUGUUAUAUAACUUAUAUAUUGUUUUUUUGCUGUUGCUUGAAUAAACAUAUUGAAAAAACUGA